AUGAAAUCCAGAACUAUAGUAAUACUUGUGUUAACUACACUGUGCUAUCAGCAGGCUUCUGGUGCGGUCAAUUUCUAUGAUUGGCUAGAACGAAACUCUUAUUUGUGUAAGUAAAUUAAAAGUUCAACUCUUAUAAAGCAUUGCCCCUCCUAAUCUUUUUAUUAAAAAUUUUCAGGUGAAUCAGGCCUAAACCAAGUUGUAUUUUUAAAUUUCGAAGAAUCAGUACAAAACGAAUGCGAAUCACUUUGUGGCAACCCGGCUGUCACUAAGCUAGCCUGUGGACGGGAUCCAUUCGAUGUGGAAACGACAACUCCACGUUGUUUUGGAAGUAAGACGAAUUCAUUACUUUAUACCGUAUAGUUAAUUUCAAUUUUUUUUAUGAAAACGGCAAGAACUUCCUUUACAAUACAAUAAAAUACCUAUUUUAGUUGACCAAUGGUGUCUAGAAGGCUUUGAGUUAGAAGUAGCUAAUUUUGGCUCAAAAACCACAAUGGCACCAAUUGUUCAGCCGGUCGAAACCGCUACACAAGAAUUCCGCGGUUUAGUUAUGAUGAAUUCAGAGGAUUUAGACGCUUCUAAUGUUGACUCAACAGUAAAAACCAACACUCAAGAACGUACUGAUACUACAGUACCUACAGCACAACAAGAUGUUAGUAUUGCCACAGACCGAUUAGAAGUUACACAAGCAACAGACGCGUCUGUUAACGUUCAACCUACCGAAAUUACAGACAAAGUUGUUGGUCAAGCUACUGGAAUUACAGAUGAUGUUGCUACCGAACCUUCUGAAUCCACUACGACAGAAGCUUUUAAAACUCAAGAAGUUGUUAGUACUACUAAUCAAGCUACUACCACAACGAGUACGACGACAACCACCAGUGCUACUACCACAACCACUAGUACUACUACGACACCCAUCAGUACUACAACAACCACUACUACGACCGAAACAACGUUAGUACAACGUACUGAAGAAGCGCUUUCAACUACCGAAGUGCCAUUAAUUACAGAUGAAAGAGCUCAAAAAGCGUUCGCCAAUGCUUUUAGGACACGAGUAAGUACCAUAAUUCGUACCCCUGUCUCAUGCCUGUCCCUAAAUACAGGUAAUAUAACAAUAAAUUUAAAGAGAAGUACCAAAAAAUAAUAUAACAGUAUAAAAUGCACUUAAAAUCCAUACCUAAAAUUACAUUGUAAAUUUCAGCUGCUCUCAUCAGAAUCUCCAGGCUGCUUCGACGGUGAUACUGCUUGCAGCUUCUGGUCGAAUACCGGCGAAUGUGAGAAGAAUCCGCGCUACAUGAACUUGGUGUGCCGAAAAGCGUGUGGCAGAUGUAUACCACUUGAUUCAAAUGACCUCAGGAAACGAACCUAA